GGACUUUAUUUGCGCAGAAAAACAGGAAUCCCUUGGCAUUUCGAGUUGCACUUUGUCUCUAUCAGACAUUCGUCACACAAUGAACAUGAUUGGCUGUGAAGGCCUGAAGAGGUGAGAGCCUGAGAGGUGGCCGCUUCAAUGGCGUGGACCGAGCUACGGUCACGUCCAGACCCAAAGCCAGAACCAAAACUAACACCUUACAACCUCAGGACUCAUGCAACUUCAUCUUUAUCAGCCAUCCUUCAAGUCCAGCCUCCAGCUUUAGUGCCCCUCCUUCUCCUGCUUGUUGCCUUCACUGACCUCUGUACUGCUGGUCCAUCCCAGCCUGCACGACCCCCUCUCCUGUCCGGACAGCCUUUUAUCAUCUUCUGGGGCAUCCCUGACUCUUCCUGCUCCGGUCGGCCAGAUCUCAGAUCUUUCGGGAUGGAACCAGAGGGCCGCGUGGCCGUCUUUUACGAGGACACACUGGGGAACUAUCCUUAUUUUGUGGACAAAGACACACCGGUCAACAGGGGGUUACCACAGCACACACGGCUGGACAACCACUUCCAAAAGACACAGCAGGACUUGGAGGCAGCUUUACCUGCCCCAAGGUACCUUGGGCUAGGGGUGCUGCGUUGGGCAGAGUGGGUCCCCCAGUGGUCAAGGAACCAAGAGAGGCAGGCAAUGUAUCCAGAGGCAUCAAGGAACCUGCUGAAGACUUUCUUUCCAAGCUGGACUCCAGAGGUGGUGGAGAAGUGGUCACAGGUGGACUUUGAGGCAGCAGCCCAGUCAGUAAUGAUGGAGACUCUACGGGAGGUCAAAAGGUUAAGGCCCAAAGCAUUAUGGGGCGUCUCCCCUUACCCCAGCUGCUACAACGGCAAUCCUGCCCAAACCGUGUUAGCCAAUUACACCGGCGAGUGCCCUGCUGCAGAGAUGGCCCUUAACGACGAGCUCUUGUGGCUAUGGAAACGAAGCUCUGCCAUCUACCCUCUCCUCACCCUGGAGAAGCUGCAGGGUGGGACAUCUGGAGCCAGGCUUUAUUUGUCCAGUCAAAUCAAAGAAGCACUACGAGUAUCAUCUCUGACUGGGACAGGGUUUGAUCUUCCUGUAUUCCCACUGGUCAAGAGCGUCUACGCCUCGACGAAUAAUUUCCUGUCACAGGCAGAUCUGGUGAGCACCAUAGGGGAGAGCGCUGCCAUGGGAACAGCCGGAGUUGUCAUCUGGGAAAGAAGUGAGACUAAGACAGAGAGAGAGUGUCAGGACCUGGCAGAGUUUGUCCGUAAGGUCCUGGGACCCUACUCCGUCAACGUCACCACGGCAGCUCGACUCUGUUCAGCCUCUCUGUGCCAGGGAAAGGGCCGAUGCGUCCGUCAAAAUCCAGAAAGCUCCUCCGCCUACCUCCACCUCCCACCCCAAUCUGAAGUGACGGAGAAGGUGACAGGAAACGCAGAUGCAGCCACAGAUCAACCAGACACAAGCACUACACAACCUGUACCAGACCCAGCUGAGAUCUGGAAGAAAGACUUCCAGUGCCAGUGGUACACGACUACAGACGGGGACAUCUCAGACCAGCAGUCCCUCAAAGAUGGAGCAUCUGUUGGGGGUACAGUAGAAGAAAAUGCUGAAGAUGUGAUGGGGACUACGGCAGCCUCUACUGCACCUUCUAUAACAAAAGGUGCCUCUGGGACUGAGUUAAGAGAAAGCAGUUCCUUUGGUCCAAAGCCUUCACUUGAAGUAUCUAUAGAAGGCGGUUCAAAUCCCCUCAGUGCCCCAAACCUGACUGUUCUGCUGUUGCUGGUGGCUGGAAGUCUAUGCCUGGAACCUUAAACUGUGAACUAACCAGCAUUCACAUGGAAGAUCUGAGCUACAACUGCAAUAUGAGCCCUUCAGAAGUGCCCUUGAGCAAGACACUGAAUCCCUGCUAGCUGCAGGCGUGCUGCUGAAUAGAAUAUACAACAAACUACGACCAGAACUAGAAGUUCAAACACUGAAUGUGCCAAGAGACAGUAGUAAGUAUUUUUUAGUAUCCUGGCUCUAUUUUGAGAGAACUGAGCUAUGAUAUACUAGAUUUAAC